ACUGAUAAGGCCAGUUCUCUGUAAAAGCGAGCCCAAGAGUGAAGCACUCUGUAGUUCGGGAAGCAGAAGCGAGAUUGUGGCGACGACAGUGGGAGGCAGUAACAAUGGCUUCUUGUGUUGUGACGACGACAAGCAGUUUCUGUGCUAUUUCAGAUUCUAGUAUACGUCUGAAAUCCUCCAAGCUUGCCCAUCUGAGUAAUCAGCAGAGAAGACGCUCUCUUGGGUCCCGUGGUGGUUUAAAGGUUGAAGCUUACUACGGUCUGAAGACACCUCCUUAUCCACUUGAUGCUUUGGAACCGUAUAUGAGUCGAAGAACACUAGAAGUGCACUGGGGUAAACACCAUCGAGGUUAUGUGGACAAUCUAAACAAACAGUUAGGGAAAGAUGAUAGACUCUAUGGUUACACCAUGGAAGAGCUUAUCAAGGCCACAUACAACAACGGGAAUCCUUUGCCUGAGUUCAACAACGCUGCGCAGGUCUAUAACCAUGAUUUCUUCUGGGAGUCGAUGCAACCUGGUGGUGGAGACAUGCCUGAAAAGGGUGUUCUUGAGCAGAUUGAGAAAGAUUUCGGUUCUUUCACAAACUUCAGAGAAAAGUUCACUAAUUCAGCUCUUACUCAGUUUGGUUCUGGCUGGGUCUGGCUCGUCUUGAAGAGGGAAGAGAGAAGACUUGAGGUGGUCAAAACCUCAAACGCCAUUAACCCACUCGUGUGGGAUGAUAUUCCAAUCAUCAGCUUGGAUGUGUGGGAGCACUCUUAUUAUCUGGACUACAAGAAUGAGAGGGCUAAGUACAUAAACACGUUUCUGAACCAUUUGGUGUCGUGGAACGCUGCCAUGAGUAGAAUGGCUCGUGCAGAGGCGUUUGUGAAUCUUGGUGAACCCAACAUCCCAAUUGCUUGAAACUCUUUUUGUGAGAGACGAUGUGAAAGCAAAAAAAAAAGCAAGUCCUUAUAAACUUGGGCAGUCUCAUUUUUGCCACAGAGAUCCCAACCAACAAACAAGAGCUUUUCAUGUGACUGAUGUUUUUUGUACUUUGUAAUUCAGCGAUAGUUUUAUCUUCUUUUGCCUUUGAGAGAAUCUUAGAUGCCACAUACAGUCUCUUUUGUUAUUUACUUGAUUAAAAAAAAAGUAUUUGCUCAGUGAUUUUCCUUAACAGCCAAGUUAAAAGUGAUGUACAUUACAAUUGCCCCUUCAUGGGUUAAAAAAAAAAAGCUGUUCAGCUUUCAUA